AUGACGACGUCAGGGUGAUAAAAAGCGCCGGAAGAGAAACUUGUCGAAUGAGGCCUUCAACUAACAUGGAAAUGUGGCGCUCCGUGUUUUUACGUCUAUUUGUAUUGUCCUGUACUGUAUUUGUUUGAAUCGUAAGCACGCACUAAUUUAUUUACACAAUACAAACGUGUACAUCCAAGUCAGAAUAAAUACCGUUUUAUACAUCAGGCGGCUGUUUGACGGACGUGACUCAACGGUUGGUGCUGAAACAUCGUUUUUCCCGACAGCCCUGAACGCAGCAGCGUGCCCGUGCUUCUCUUCAUCCCGAACCGUCGCCGAGCACCAUCGUCGUCUCGUCUCCUCCUUUUCUUUGUUUCCCAAACCGCAGCCACAAUGGACCGGACCGAAGACUCGACCCCGAACCGGGACCGUGCCGUCGCGGAGAUGCACGAUGCGGCGAGCGAAGCGGACCGAGCGCCUCCGCCGACUCCGCCCGAAGCUCGGCGCGACGAGGCUGCGGAUGCUGAUGCAACGGAGGCCGACGUGAGCGAAGUGCUUCUGGACCGCGGCGACCAACCGGACGCCGUCGCCCAGAAGCAACCGGGGGAGGACGGCCAGGAGAAGCGAGCCGUGAACGGAGCGGAAGCGCAGUCGGAGAAGAACGGCUGCGUCAAGGUGACGAUGGAGCUGGAGGAGCGGGAGAAAUUCACCGGACUCAACAAGGAGGAGCUGCUACGAGUGGCGGGCACGCCCGGGUGGGUGCGCACUCGCUGGGCCCUGCUGGUCCUCUUCUGGCUGGGCUGGCUGGGCAUGCUGGGGGGCGCCGUGCUCCUCAUCCUGCAGGCGCCGCGCUGCCGGGAGCGGCCCGCCAUCCACUGGUGGAACGGCGGGGCGCUCUACCACGUGUCCAGCGUGCACGCCUUCACCGACGCCGGAGACAUCAAAGGUGUACAGCAGAAGGUGGACGCCUUGUCCCAGCUCAAGUUGAAAGGCUUGGUGAUUGGGCCGGUGCACGUGGCCCCGCCCGACGAUGCCAUGGCGCUGAGCUUUCAGGAGAUCGCAGCUGAUGCCGGAAGUCUGGAGCAGUUCAAGGAACUAGUGCGGCUCGCGCACAGGAAGGGCAUGUACGUGGUCCUGGACCUGACUCCGAACUACCGCGGCUCCAGCGGGUCCUGGUACUCCAACGCCAGCGUGACCGCGGUUGCCGAGAAGCUGAAGCCCGCCUUGAUCUUCUGGUUCGGCGCGGGCGUGGACGGCGUUCAGUUGGCGGACGUGGAGGACGUAGCCGCCGCCGUUCCAUCGCUGUGGGCCGACAUCCGGGCCAUCGUCCAGAACGGGACCAACGAGCGACCCACCAGGAGACUCCUGAUGGGCUCGACGGAGCGGCGCUCGGCCGCCGCCGUGUCCGCCCUGCUGUCGUCCACCGGGGUGGACCUCCUGACCUCCGGGGUCCUCCUGGAGGGAGACGCGUCCGAGCUGGCUCGCUCCGUCCUGGACUUGUACGCCGCUCACUCUGCCACCGGGCUGGCCUGGAACCUGGGGGGCCGGGGGGCGGGUCACCUGGCCUCGCUCGUGGGCCCGGCCCUGGUGCCGCUUUACCAGCUGCUGCUCUUCACGCUGCCCGGGACGCCCGUGCUCCAGUACGGCGAUGAGAUCGGCCUGAUGGACGAGGGCACAAAGUUUCCCAGAAUGAUUUGGGACUCACCCGGCGGGGACGAGGAGGAGGAGGAGCGGGAGCAGGAGCUUAACGCAACCCUGAAGGAGCGUCGCACCCGCCGCGCUCGGUUGCGCGAGUUGGUGCGCAACCUGAGCGGCGCCCGCGCCAAGGAGCACUCCCUGCUGAUCGGCGACUUUGUGCCCCUCGUCAACUCGUCGUCGUCGCUGGCCUUCGUGCGCUCGUGGGAUCAGAACGCUCGCUUCCUGGCCGCCUUCAACUGGGCCGACGACGACGCCAGGCUGGAGUACCCCCGCCUGGGCGGCCUUCCGCCGCUGGCCGAGGUGGUCCUCGCCACCGCCGGCGCCCCGACGGCGGGCGCCCGCGUGAACCCCGCCGACCUGCGUCUGGGCGCCAAUCAGGCGAUGCUGCUCAAGUUCCCCUACGGCGGCUAGAAGCGCCGUGUCAUCGCCUUCGGGUCUCACGUUUGUGUCCUGAAAAAGAAGAAAAGGCAAAUAAAUAUCAGCCGCAUCAGCACGAAA